AUGCCUAUCGUGGGCACGGUGAGCCUCGAGAACUUCGGGGACACCCUUGAGGGUGUGCACCUGGAGCUGACGAAGGGGAUCAAGUGCCUCACGGUGCCAUACAUGCAGAUGAGGAUCAUUGGGUAUCGUCAGGAUCGUCGGGGAAGCAGCUGA